GCUCCACAUCUCACUGCUUCUCAUUCAGCGAUUUUAGUAAGACUGGCACUCGGUAUAAUCAUUGCUGGAAUGUAAAUCUCUCCUGCAUUGUAGCCUGAUUUGAAAGUUUUCCAGUUGUCAUUAGGAGCAGGAUCACACAUUCCUGUUCCAGUCACGGCUGAGUGGAGCUAGCCCCAGAACACUGCUCUGCACUGCCUCGUUCACUGCUGCUAUUCACAGGCUGAGCUAUGAAAGAUUACCUUCUUGUUGGACUCCUUCUCCUGGACAUAGUCCGGAUCAGUCAUGCUGCAGAGAUUCAGAGCGCUCUUACACCUGAAGAAGGACACACUGACAGCUCCAAAGCAAUGCCAGACUGCUCACCCCCUGGUGUCCUCUUCAAGACAACAGGGGGUUUGGAGAUCUGUGUUGACCCAAAGGAACUGUGGAUGCAAAAAGCGCUGGACAUUCUGAAGAAACAGUUUCGACAGCGUUAGAUGCAGGGGUCAUGGAGAAAGUGCACAAAGCAGUGAAUGUGGACCUUGUCAUGAUUCAGAAGGUCAUGGCUCACACAUUAACAAUAACACUGGAGAACUGAUGAAUCACCGCACACUCACACGAGCUGGCCACCAUCCCUUACCAAGACUCAGUUCUUGGUAAACUAGUUCAUUGUUGGCCUUUCUGUCGUAUUUAUCUCAUUUCUUGUUCAAUAACCAAUA